AUGGCUUCUCUUCUCUCGUUGAUCCUCUUCUUCUACCUCUCUUCCUCCGCCUCUGGCCGCCAGCAGACCCAUAAACCCGCCGUAAAACUAUCCCCUCCGAACACUUCUGAUAACAUUAUUCGUGAAGCCUGUAAGGCAUCACGUUACCCGUCCACAUGCGAGGCCUCGUUGGUUCAAUCCAAUCACGUGCCUCCAGGCGCCACUAUUCUGCAAGUGAUUCAAUCUGCCAUGUGGGUUUCGGCCCAGAAUCUCGAGAAGGCGAAAUCAAUGGCGGGGGAAAUCCUGGACGCGUCCACAGGUAAUCAAAAUCGGUUGAACGCGGCGGAAACAUGCCUGGAGGUGCUGCGUUAUUCGGAGUACCGGAUGGCUUUGACGAAUGCGGCUCUGCCGCGUGGCAAGAUCAAGGAUGCGCGUGCUUGGAUGAGCGCGGUGUUGGUGUUCCAGUACGACUGCUGGUCGGCUUUGAAAUACGUGAACGGCACGUCCCAAGUCGGUAAAACGAUGGCGUUUUUGAAUUCUCUGAUUAGAUUGAGCAGCAAUGCAUUGGGAAUGAUGGUUAAUUACGAUAAUUUUGGCGAGAAAACCAGAUCUUGGGGCCCACCCAAGACAGAACGGGACGGGUUCUGGGAGGGAGGUUCAGGUUCUUCCGGGUUCGUGGGCGGGCUGCCUAAAGGGCUGAAACCGGACGUGACGGUGUGCAAUGUCGGCAGGUGCGAUUAUAAAGCAAUACAGGAUGCAGUGAAUGCGGCGCCGAAGAAUGCUGGGGCGGGGAACCGGUUUGUGAUAUGGAUUAAGGCCGGGGUUUACGAGGAAACCGUUCGGGUCCCUUUGGAGAAGAAGAAUGUGGUAUUUUUGGGAGAUGGCAUGGGCAAAACCAUCAUUACAGGUUCGAUGAAUGCCGGUCAGCCUGGGAUGUCCACCUAUAAUUCUGCCACUGUUGGGGUCGCUGGUGAUGGAUUUAUGGUGAGUGGUCUCACUAUCCAGAACACGGCUGGACCUGGUGCUCAUCAAGCAGUAGCCUUCCGGCUAGAUAGUGAUCUUUCCAUCAUAGAAAACUGCGAAUUCCUCGGCAAUCAAGACACACUAUAUGCCCACAGCCUACGCCAGUACUACAAGUCGUGUCGCAUCCAAGGAAACGUAGACUUCAUAUUCGGAAACUCAGCUGCAUUUUUCCAGGACUGCCUCAUCCUAGUCGCCCCUCGGCAAAUCAAGCCAGAAAAGGGCGAGAACAAUGGUGUGACAGCUCAUGGCAGAAUUGACCCUGCCCAAUUUACAGGUUUCGUCUUUCAAAAUUGUAUAAUCAAUGGCACUGAAGCAUACAUGGCUCUGUAUUAUAGGAAGCCUAGUGUACAUAAGAAUUUCCUCGGUAGGCCAUGGAAGGAAUACUCGAGAACAGUUUUUAUACACUGUACGUUGGAGGCUCUCAUUAAACCAGGAGGAUGGAUGCCUUGGAAAGGUGAUUUUGCUUUGAAAACUCUUUAUUAUGGGGAAUUCAAGAACUACGGGCCAGGAGCUAAUGCAUCACAGCGAGUCGCGUGGAGUAGCCAGAUUCCAGCUGAGCAUAUUUCUUCAUACUCCGUGCAGAAUUUCAUGCAAGGUGAUCAAUGGAUUCCCGCAUCUUCUUGA